GUGUUGUGCUGCUGCUGAUGUCUGUGCUGUUCUUCUCAGCAGCAGCUGCGCACUCAUAAACACAAAUAUGUCCGCGGUGCCUGACGGCAAAAAGCUGGUCCGGAGCCCGAGCGGACUCCGCAUGGUACCGGAAAACGGCGCUUUCAACAGUCCAUUUUCCCUGGAUGAGCCGCAGUGGGUUCCGGAUAAAGAGUGCCCCAGAUGUAUGCAGUGUGAUACUAAGUUUGACUUCAUCACCAGGAAGCAUCACUGCCGGCGCUGCGGUCGGUGUUUCUGCGAUAAAUGCUGCAGUCAGAAAGUGUCUCUGCCCAGGAUGUGUUUUGUGGAUCCGGUGAGGCAGUGUGCGGAGUGCGGCCUCAUUUCACAGAAAGAGGUGGAGUUUUACGACAAACAGCUUAAAGUGCUCACUGCCGGAGGAACUUUCGGGGUCAAAGUGGGUUCCUCAGAGAAAUCGGAGACCAUGGUCUGCCGCUUGUCCAAUAAUCACAGAUAUCUCUUCCUAGACGGUGACAGUCAUUUUGAGGUGGAGCUGUCUCGCAUUUCCAGUAUGCAGGUGUUGACUGAGGGGUCGACUCCGGGAGAGAAAGAUAUAUGCUCGUACACGAGCUUGCUGGACAAUCAAAUAUCUGAAGGUGGUUCUCUCCGUGCCAAUGGCAUGGUGCUUCAGUACAAGCCACCAGGAUCUCAGAACCUUCAGGAUCUCUACAUGGACACUGCUGAUGACAAGCGCGUCGCAUCUGCCUGGCUUGUAGCCAUGCACAAAGCUGCCAAACUGUUGUAUGAGUCAAAGGACCAGUAAAAUGACAAUGGAAACAGCACGGAGAGGGUUGGACGGAACUAAAACAAGGAGAGCGAGAGCGAGAGAGAGAGAGAGAGAGAGA